UGAGCAGCGCCGAGCCUGAGGUCGCCCAGACGCCGUCGGGGCGGAGCCGGGUCGCGAGGCUGCACCCCGGCCGGUGGUUCCGGAGCUUCCCGCCUGCGGAGUGCGGCUGGGGAGGCGCGGCCCGGGAACGCCCGAGCUUAGGGAGAUCUGCCUUCUGGAGACUGCACCGUCCUCACGGAGAGCCAGAAAGAGGACAUGGCUGCCGGGCAGCGGGAAGCGAGGCCCCAGGUGUCACUGACAUUCGAGGACGUGGCUGUGCUCUUUACCCGGGAUGAGUGGAGAAAGCUGGCUCCUUCUCAGAGAAACUUGUACCGGGAUGUGAUGCUGGAGAACUAUAGGAACCUGGUCUCACUGGGGCUCCCAUUUACCAAACCAAAAGUCAUCUCCCUGUUGCAGCAAGGAGAAGAUCCCUGGAAGGUGGAGAAAGACAGUUCUGGCGUCUCCUCUUUAGGAUCGAAGAGCAGUCAUAACACCACAAAGUCAACGCAAACACAAGACUCUUCAUUUCAGGGACUGAUACUGAAAAGAUCCAACAGGAAUGUACCUUGGGAUUUGAAAUUAGAAAAGCCUUACAUAUAUGAAGGCAGAUUAGAGAAAAAGCAGGAUAAAAAGGGAAGUUUUCAGAUAGGUUCAGCUACCCACAAAAAAAUCCCCACUAUAGAAAGAAGCCAUAAAAAUACCGAAUUGAGCCAAAACUUCAGCCCAAAGUCAGUGCUUAUUAGGCAACAGAUACUUCCCAGAGAAAAAACACCACCAAAAUGUGAAAUACAAGGAAACAGCCUCAAACAGAAUUCACAUUUACUUAACCAACCAAAAAUUACAGCAGAUAAACGCUAUAAAUGUAGUCUGUGUGAAAAAACCUUCAUUAACACUUCAUCCCUUCGUAAACAUGAGAAAAACCAUAGUGGAGAGAAACUAUUUAAGUGUAAAGAAUGUUCAAAAGCCUUUAGCCAAAGUUCAGCUCUUAUUCAACAUCAAAUAACGCAUACUGGAGAGAAACCCUACAUAUGUAAAGAAUGUGGGAAAGCCUUUACUCUCAGUACAUCCCUUUAUAAACAUCUAAACCAUACUGUGGAGAAAUCCUAUAGAUGUAAAGAAUGUGGUAAAUCCUUCAGCCGAAGGUCUGGCCUUUUUAUACAUCAAAAAAUUCAUGCUGAAGAGAACCCUUGUAAGUAUAAUCCAGGUAGGAAGGCAUCUAGUUGCAGCACAUCCCUUUCUGGAUGUCAAAGAAUUCAUUCUAGAAAGAAGUCCUACUUAUGUAAUGAAUGUGGCAACACCUUUAAGUCUAGCUCAUCCCUUCGUUAUCAUCAGAGAAUUCACACUGGAGAGAAACCUUUUAAAUGUAGUGAAUGUGGGAGGGCCUUCAGCCAGAGUGCCUCUCUUAUUCAACAUGAAAGAAUUCACACUGGAGAAAAGCCCUAUAGAUGCAAUGAAUGUGGGAAAGGCUUUACUUCUAUUUCACGACUUAAUAGACACCGAAUAAUUCAUACUGGAGAGAAGUUUUAUAAUUGUAAUGAAUGUGGUAAAGCCUUAAGCUCCCACUCAACACUUAUUAUUCAUGAGCGAAUUCAUACUGGAGAAAAACCAUGUAAAUGUAAAGUAUGUGGAAAAGCUUUCAGACAGAGUUCAGCUCUCAUUCAACAUCAGAGAAUGCAUACUGGAGAAAGACCCUAUAAGUGUAAUGAGUGUGGGAAAACAUUCAGGUGUAACUCAUCGCUUAGUAAUCACCAGAGAAUUCAUACUGGAGAGAAACCAUAUCGAUGUGAGGAAUGUGGGAUAUCUUUUGGCCAAAGUUCAGCUCUUAUUCAACAUCGAAGGAUUCAUACAGGAGAAAAACCCUUUAAAUGUAAUACAUGUGGAAAAACUUUUAGACAAAGCUCAUCACGUAUUGCACAUCAGAGAAUUCAUACUGGAGAGAAACCCUAUGAAUGUAAUACAUGUGGGAAACUUUUCAACCAUAGGUCAUCUCUUACUAAUCAUUAUAAAAUUCAUAUCGAAGAGGACCCCUAGAAAGUCAAUUUGUAUGUGUGAAAGCCUUAAACCAAAGCUCAUCAAAGAAUACAUCCUUGAGAGAGAUGUAAUAAAUGUCAUGGAUGUGGAAAAAAAAGGUAAUAAUUUAGCCCUUAUUAGAUAUUCAAUUCCAUGGAUAAACCUCAACUAUAUAAUAGAUAUGAGGAAAGUGUUUGUGCUUGUCAGACACUUAAAAAAAUAACCUGAGAUGAAGAAUUUACAAUUGGAGACAUUGACUUUAGCCAUUUGUGAAAUGGGUUUGCUUUUUCCCUUUUCCUACAGACGUAUAUGCUAGAUGUCACGUGAUCAUCAGUAACAGAUAUCUGAGUGGGUGGGGAGGUAUGCUUUAGAUUUCUCAUUAGAAGACCACCAAACUGGUAAUAUUUUUAUAGCAUUUUAAUAGCAUACAAAUGAAUUGAUCAAAUUGUACCUUUUUAGAGAAAAGGACCAAAAUAAAAGAAAAAUGAAUUAUGAACUACC